AGCGAUCAUGGGUUCUUCUAGAAAUUUGUAUGCCGGAAUAGGUGAAGGGCAAUCAACCACACGGCCACCACUUUUUGAUGGAACCAAUUAUACAUAUUUUAAAGAACGAAUGAGAAUCUAUAUUCGUUCCACGAACUUCCAAUUAUGGUUGGUUAUCAAAAACGGGGAAGAGGUGCCGAUGAAGAAAGUCGGAGACAAGUUGAUCCCCAAGACCGAAGACGAGUUUGAUGCCGAGGACAUCAAAAAGGUCGAGAACUAUGCAAAGGCAAUAAACAUGCUUUAUUGUGCCGUAAAUCCUGAUGACUACCGCAAGAUCUCCUGCUGCUCAACCGCCAAGGAGAUGUGGGAUAAGUUAGAGGUGACGUACGAAGGAACAGACCAAGUACGUGAAGCCAAGGUCGACUUCCUCUGUAACACCCCAACCGCGUGACCCGAAUACAAGGACCAGCGGAUCGGGUUGCUACUAAAUUGGCAUUCAAACACAAUAAUUUUCAAAACAAUUUAAAACAUUUAAUUCAAAACAAUAUUUGAAUAUCCAUCAGAGUAAAUAAAAACGGUGCGGAAGCCUUUAAGUACUUAAUCAAAAUACAACUUUGGG